AUGAGAGGCUGGCUCGGCUGGCUUGGGGAGCCGGAGCCGAAGCCGAAGCUGGAGCUAGCGACUGAGGAUGGAUGCUUCGAAGAGGACAACCAACAAGAAGGCCAUGUCGGUGCUGCCGACGCAAAAGUGGACGGAAGCCGCAGAGGACGCCUAAAAGUUUGCAUUCUGAAAACACGAGUGUGUCAGAAAGCACAAACAGACGCCAUUGUGUGCAUGAGUGUGAAUGUGCUCAAAAGGCGGCUUGUACGACUUUAUCUGCUCAAACUCUUCCGAACCAGACAACAGCGGGCCCGACAACUGGCAGGAUGUAUUGGUCGGCAAGUCAGCCAAAAGCGACGGUGUGUGUGUGUGUGGCUGCCUGAGUCUGUAUGCCUGUAA